ACUCUCUCCAUCACUUGUGGUGACAAGUAAGUAGUAGCUCUCAUCAUGAAGACUAUUGUUCUUUCUGUUCUUGUUGUAGCGGUGGCUGCUCUCGCUCAGGCUGGACCUGUUCAGGACAAAGGCGCAGCAAACGAUGCGCCGACUCUGCUCGCCAACGAACUGACGGGAAACAAAGAGCGGUGCUUCGACGUGGCCGUGACCUACUUCAAGGAUUCAGUGCUAGACGUCGUCUACCAGAAGUGCAGCACAGUCUCUCCAAUCGUCCUCCCGGUAUGCAUCAUCCGUGAAGUAGGACUCGGCUUUAAAGUAGCCAAGUAUGUCUACGAUGUCUGCCUAUACCAACGCUGAGUAAAUAAGUCGCCUUGAAAGUAUAGGUGGUGGCAUUCUUAAGUACGCUACGUCAGAACUAUGGAAUUAUUUUAUUUUCGUUUUUCUUGGUGAAAACUCUUGCGCCAUGUGAAGAUUCAGUCCCUGUUAAACUGUCACCAACUGCAGACAAUAC